AUGUUUCCAUUGAAGUCUCUAAAACUUACAUCUAUUUACUGUAUGAAAUGCUCGAAUUACCCGUCGUUUCGAAAGAGCUCUACUUUAGAAGAUGACGGCAAACGAUCUCCCUCGGAGUUCCGUAAGCGUAAUAACAAAUCAUUCGACUACAGUCAGAGGCGUGUUCGUAGCAUGUCCAAUGUUGGCCUGGGUCGGAAGGAGGAGAUAGAUUGGCGAGACGUGAUCUCUGAGGCAGAACAAAUUGUGGGCUAUCCGACCUCUUUUCUUAACCUCCGCUGGUUGUUCAACGAUGAAAUUGCCAACACUGCUGUGCAUUUGAGGAAGCUGGUCGGAACGAAUCAUCGACUGCUAAAAUCAGCAAAGAACCUCUUGUUAGGUUCCAAAAGCAAUCUGCAGUCCGUUGGUUUGACGAUUCUCCUGGUAUCGAAGGCAGCUGGCUUCGAUCCCCAGGGUUUCACAGCUGAUCAUUAUGAUUGCGGCGUCUUGCAUGCACAGAGAGGUUUGGCAGAGAUAGUGGAGAUGAAAAGAACAGGUCACCUGAUCCAUAAAGCGAUGGAAAAUCUUCAGAAUAAGAGUGAAUACGGGGAUAAGUACAAGGAUUUACUGUACGGGAAUAAAAUCGUUUUACUGACCGGGGACUAUCUCCUGGCGAACUGCUUACGAAAUCUCGGUGGUCUCCGGAACAAUGAAGUUACAGAGCUUAUUUCCACCGGCCUUCGGGAUCUGGUGGAAGGAGACUUCUUCGGAGAACGAGACGCGGAUAACAAUCCGAUGCUUACAAAACCAAAAGGCGAGGACAAUUUUCCUAGAUAUGAUUGGGAAAACGAAGACAAUUUAAAGAAAUUGGGUUCAAAUGAAUACCUUGGCCGAGGUAAAGAUGAAUUUAUUUUGAGGACAAUGCUGACCACUGGCAGCAUUCUCGGAAAAGGUUGCCAGGCUGCAAUGAAGCUGGCAAACCGAGGGCCAGAAAUGGAAAAGAACGCGUAUAUCCUUGGCGGACAUUUGGCAAUUAUGUGGCAAAUUUAUCUUGACGUAAAAGACUUUUUCACACAUCCUUACUCCUAUUCAUUAGCUGGUGCACCUCUUAUUAUCGCUGCGUGGGAGUACCCUCAAGUUUAUGGUCACAUUUGGGAGUCAAAAGUAGAGAAACAGCCAAUCUCAUACAAGAACUUGUACUACGCUGUCAGGAGUACGAGGAGUAUGGAUUAUCUGACGAAAUUCCUCGACGAUGAGUAUGCGGCUAUCAUGAAGUACACAGAGAAAUUUCCAGUGGAAGAUGCGAGAACUACGUUGCAGAAAAUGGCGACGACGAUACACGGUGAAACACUUCAAUAUAUGGAUGUAUGA